UUUUCGUUCAAAUCAAAUAAAACGGCCCACGCAAAUCAUCUGAACUUCAUCUCUCUCUCAUCAUCUAAAUUCUCUCUCCCUCUCUCUCUCUGUCUCUAUCUGUUCCUUGGUCUUUGGAUUUGAACAUUGAAGUAAGACGGUGCAAUUUCCUGAGUUCUGAUUGUUCUUAAAGACAGGUUUUUUGGGGGGUGAUUUUGGUGUGAAAGCAGUGAUAUGAGUAAUCCUCGAUCCACCCUUCGGAGGCCAUCAUCAGGUGAAAGAAGAUUAAAAGAUUUACUCCUUCAAAGUGAUAAUCGUGUCUGUGCUGAUUGUGCUGCUCCAAACCCUAAAUGGGCGUCGGCAAACAUCGGAGUUUUUAUAUGCUUAAAAUGCUCUGGUGCGCACAGAAGCCUUGGCACACAUAUCUCAAAGGUUUUGUCUGUGACGUUAGAUGAAUGGUCUGAGGAUGAAAUUGAAGCAAUGGUUGACGUAGGAGGAAAUGCUUCGGCAAAUGCAAUUUACGAGGCAUUUAUUCCUGAAGGCUUCUCAAAGCCUGGUCCAGAUUCUAGUAAUGAGGAGCGUUUAAAAUACAUUAGGUCUAAGUAUGACCUUCAAGAAUUUUUGAAACCUAGCUUGCGAAUCUUGUCAGUUGCCGGAAAGAGCUCACUCCAAUCAAGUUUAUCUAGAAAGACCGAUAGUUUUCAAAGUUCAAGUUCAUCACGCUUGGAAGGUAUGGUGGAAUUUAUCGGAUUAUUGAAGGUCAAAUUAAUAGAAGGAACAAAUCUAGCUAUCAGAGAUGUGCUGUCAAGUGAUCCUUAUGUUAUCCUGACUCUUGGGCAGCAGAAGGUCCAGUCGAGAGUAAUUAAAAGCAACUUGAAUCCCAUUUGGAAUGAGGAGCUCAUGCUAUCUGUUCCUCAGCGUUUUGGGCCCUUAAAACUGCAAGUUUUUGAUCGGGACACAUUCUCAGCCGAUGACAUAAUGGGGGAAGCCGAGGUUGAUAUCCAGCCGAUUGUUACCUCUGCAAUGGCAUUUGGAGACAUCGAAAUGUUUGGAGACAUGCAGAUCGGGAAAUGGCUGAAAUCAUACGACAACGCCCUCAUGGAAGAUAGCACUGUAAACAUUGUUGAUGGGAAGGUGAAACAGGCAGUAUCACUUAAGCUCCAGAAUGUGGAAUCUGGAGAAAUAAAUCUAGAACUAGAGUGGAUGCCUCUUGACCAAUAGGUGUACUAUAUAAAUUAUUUUUUUCUCCCAUUUACAUUCAAAAAUAAAUGUAAGGUUGUAUGUAUUGUUUAUAUCAUAAUAUAUAAUUGCGCAGUACAUUGUUUUUCUCUCUUUUCA